AGAGUACACGCAGUUUGUUUCUGUCACAGAGAAGCUUUGUUCAACAUCAUGAUGCUUCGCCAUUAUUCUGAUUAGAAAAAAACACUUCCACCAAGAUGUACAAGCUGAACCCGGUGGAGAGUCUGCGCGCGCAGAUUCUCGUGGAAAAUGCUUUGAAAAAGCUUUCUUUCCUGACAAACCUCGGUGGCGCAUCCACGGGAGAGGAACUGACGCAAUUUAUGGGCGACGAAAUAUCAAGGAUCAUCGAGGUAUACAUAGAUACGUAAAUAGGUUGCAGCUUUGUCAUGCACAAAUUGCUAUCACUUCCGCAACGGCUCAUGCAAAAAACCGCAUGACAAAUAAAAUCUCAUCACUACAGGAACAACGCGGGCUCGAGAAGCAGUAUGAGUCUCUGAUCCACAAGCGCGGUACUUUGAAGGGGUUGAUGAACAAAUCGGAGUUUGAAAAAGUACAGAAGAACAUCGUGGAAGUUUCCUCCAAGCUCCGGGAGUCCAACCAGGCGCUGUGCCGAAAUUUAAAAGAAAACCCCAACGCGCAGGGAAAUUUGCUGAAAAUGAUGCAGGAGCGGGCGCGGGUGCAUACGCUCCUGGAUGACAGCAAGAAAGAGUUGUUGCGGCCACCCGGGGAGCAAGGGUUUUCCCAUCUAGUAGCGAAAGCAGAGGCAGAAAGGAAGGAUCAGGUACUUUUGCCUGGUUGAGAUUUUUGUAAUGCACGAACAUGGACCACUAGUAGCUGUUUUUUCUUGCAGACAACAUUGCUUUUCUAGGGGAAUCAAUGCUGAAUGUGGGGGCGGGGUUGUCGUUUGCGGCAACUUUACGCGAGCCCGUGUCUACCUCGCUGAUCGAGGGCAGCUGACUUUUGGCUAUCCAAAUCUUGGCUAUCCAAAUUUUGGCUACCCAAAUCUUGGCUAUCCAAAUUUUGGCUAUCCAAACUGGUUUAGCUAUCCAAACUGGUUUGGCUAUCCAAAUUUUGGCUAUCCAAAGUUUGGCUAUCCAAAUUUUGGCUAUCCAAAAUCUUGGCUAUCCAAAUUUUGGCUAUCCAAACUGGUUUGGCUAUCCAAAUUUUGGCUAUCCAAAAUCUUGGCUAUCCAAAAUUUGGCUAUCCGACUUUUGGCUAUCCAAAUUUUGGCUAUCCAACUGCUGUUGGCUAUCCAACUUUUGGCUAUCCAAAUUUUGGCUAUCCAAAUUUUGGCUAUCCAAAUUUUGGCUAUCCAACAUUUAGCUAUCCAAAUUUUGGCUAUCCAAAUUUUGGCUAUCCAACUUUUAGCUAUCCAACUUUUAGCUAUCCAAUUCUUGACUACCCAAAUCUUACACUGCUGAAAAGAAUUAUCAGGGACAAAAAUCUACUUUAUCAGGACCUACUUUUCGAAGUGAAGAAACGGGAGAAGGAGGUUUCGCUCACCGUGAAGAGGCUGGAGCAUAUCAAAUGCAAAAGUGUCUGGGUCCGGAACUUUGCGCGACUUGUCAUGCAGGUUUUCCAUGACCCAUAUGAUCUGUAAUGGAGGACCGAGCAUAACAGAUUCCGUGAGAUCACUGUCAUGCCUAUCCUGCAUGAGAAACUGCCCCUCAACUUGAACAAAAGUGGACAGCAUUUGGUAAUCAUGCAACGCAGAUUUUUGCGUGAUUCAGAUUUAGCAUGACAAGUUCCAACCUUCCAGACCCAGACACUUUUGCAUUUGAUAGAGCAGGAGCUGGCACAAGAGUAUUCCGAGUACGACAAGGAGGUGAAAUACACGAUGCAGGAGAUCUACGCAAGAGAAAAACUGUGUAGGUGUAAGUUUGUAAUGCAUAAGUACGUAACACAAUUAUCACUUGUCAUGCUGGCCAACCACGAGGCCCUAUUUCACUUGAGUUUUCACGUGCUAGCUGUGCAUGACAGGUGGAUUUCUUUCGUCAUGUAGAACAAGUUUCUGAUGCUGUCACCCUAGACACCUACACGGACACAGUUUUUUCUUGGAUAAGAUCCGGACCCUGAAGGAAGAGCUCACGAAACACAAAGCGGAGUCAAGAAUACUGCUCAACACCGAGGAGAAAAAGUUGAAAGCACAGGAACAGGGGCUGGCAAGAAUGCUGGGGCAGAAAGAGGUACUACGAGAGGUUCUACUUGUUAUGAGGGUAGUAGAAGUUUCAACAUCUUCCGUUGGCAUUGUGAUGGUUCUACUUCUUAUUUCGCAUGACAAGAAAUAUAACACCAUUUCAACAUCUUCCGUUGGCAUUGUGAUGGUUCUACUUGUUAUUUCGCAUGACAAGAAAUAAAACACCUUGAAGAUUCAAAUUUAUUUAACCUCAGGGCACACUGUCCACCGAAGUGGAAGAUUUGGAGAGGACAAGAAGAGACGAGCAGCUCGCGCACGACAAGAGCCACGAUUUCUUGGCAAAGAAGUUAGAAGACCUGACGGCGCAGCGAGUGGAAUGGGCGGAGAAGUAUAGUUUUGUGACGUACUUCUACAACUACAUCUUCAUUCUGGCCGCGAGAAGUUCUUGUGAUGCAAAAACUAUUACUACACCGAUGAUCAAUAUCUCUGAUGCUUCAACAUAAACACCAGCAUCGAGAGCGACACAAAUGAACUACAGGUACGACAAAGACUACGCGGAGAAGCAGGAAGUGCUGACCAAAAUCCGGGACGAAUCACAUACGACCAGAACGUAUCGAAUGCAAAUAUCUCUGGGUCUGGAAGAUUCCGAACAUUUGUGAUGCAGUUUAUCCAAGCUCCACCAAGUCUGGAGUGCAGGGUCUAGCAUCACAGGAUCUGCAGCCCCUUGGUGAUGCCUGUUCUGCAUGAGAAACGCCCUCUCAGCAUGGUCAGAAAUGGGCACCUUUUGCAAGUCACGCAACACAGAUUUUUGUACGAUCCGCAACAUGCAUCACAAGUUCGCAUCCUUCCAGACCCAGACAUAUUUGCAAUGCAUAGAACGCGCCUACACGAACUCCGGGAGCUAUGAAAGGAAAAAACUGUUUGACUUUGAAUUUGUGAAGAUGUAGUUGCAGAGCAUUUUUUGCAAUACACGAUGACCGGCUGUGUAGUUGCUAGAAUAAAUAUGCAAGUCUGACAGUGGAUGUGGAAUUUUGAAUUUGAUGCCCGUGUUUCAUCUCUCUAGGAAGUAGCACGCAUGUUGCCAGAUACAGAUUUACUUCUCUGGUGUCACGUAGAAUGAGAAACUUGUCAUGCCAGAACUCCUACUUCAUAAGCAGCACGGUGGAAGACCUGAAAAUUCGUCAUGCGCGCUUCCCAAGGGAAAACACGCUUGGAAAUGCAAUGUCUUGCAGGUGUAGCAAGACAGAUAGUUCUUUGUUCCAUUUUCUGCAUCACAAGUUCACAGUGAAGCAGUUUUUUCCUCGCGAUACCAGCGGCUUGUUGCGGAAGAAAAGAAGAAGGAGGAGGUCGAGAAGGAGCAGAAAUUUCUGUUGCAGGUUAUGCAUUGCAAAUAUCGAGCUGGGUCGUCUGGAAGGACGCAAGGUGUGUCAUACUUGUCUGGCAUGACUGAAGAGUUUGUGAUGCGUGUCCAAGCAGAGUAGACCCUUUGGCCACUUGUCGUGCAAAAACGCAACUUGUCAUGUGGAAAACGCAACACGAAGCCGCGCAACUAUUUUUCAUCUUCAUGCUUGGCUGUGCAUAAUACAGAGCAUUCACGAUUCACAGCUCAGCAUUACAAGUUAUUCCAGAUGAACCAGACGUAUUUGCAAUGCAUACAGGUCGAGAAGUGGCGCUCCGGACAGGAAUUGGACAUGGCGAAGGGGAUUUUGUUAUCCUGUGUAAAAACGUCCCCAUCCCGUAGUUGUCAUGCAAAUCUGCAUGCUUACAAUGUCUCGCAUGCGGAGCUCCAUGAGACGUACUUAUUUUCUAGUUUUGUUUUGAAAUUUGUGAUGCUCGAAUCAGCAUGAGGUGCUAGAUUUGUGAUGCUGCUGCACUAGCUGAACAGGAUUAAUACCCUGCGAACUGAAACUUGUCAUGCGCAACAGCCAAAGCUUAGUAAUUUGCGUUGCAGAUUUCCCAACUUGACUCUGUGGUGGGGACGUUUUUACAUAUGACAUUCUUUUCUCCAGGCGGAAGGCCGCGCGUAUAUUGCCAAAAUGGCGGCGCUCAAUGCGGGGAAGAAGGGAAAGAAAGGGAAAAAGGGAAAGAAAAAGUAAGUGAUGUACUACUUCUAGGGGGCUUUGUUAGUAGUAGUCUUUUGGUGAAGAUUUCUAUGGUACUCGUCGGUAUUAAUAAGCUACUGUUUCAUCUAGAAGUGGAACAAAAAUUCUGCUCGUUAGUACUUGUUUAAAACUUGUUCAAGGCAUGGUGCUUCCGAGCACUAUACUACACCAUUUUAUUUCGUUUUAAUGACAACUGCAUCAUGUCGAGCUGUUAAUUGUACAGCUUUCGUCGUGGUCGAUAUUUUGUUUCGAAAUCGGUUUGUUUUUUCACUGGAAAAUAGAAAAAACCAGAAUCAUUUUCGUACACUAAGCGUCUUGGGGAAUUGGCUGGAGAUUCGACAAAAAUUUGAGUUUUUGUUAAAACCAAAACAACAGCAAGAGAAAUAAGUACAACACAAGCGAGUUUUAUUGGCCAGACGUAGGCUGAUGUAUCGGGCGCCAAAGUUCACGGAAAUGUGGUAGGCGCGUGCAAGAUGAGAAUGGAGAGGUUGCCGGUGCAGUGUUUACUGUAAGGCUCGCUGAAAAUGUUUUCUAUUAAUUUCUUGUCAGCUUUAUUGUUGCACCAUCGUCAUUUAAAAACUUUCCUUUGUCGUUUUUUUCAUCACAAUCGAUUUUUUCAUGGUCGGUCGUGGUUCUGGUUUUUUUUAAAUACUUUUUUCUCGGCGCGGCACCCACAG